AUGACGCUGGCGGCGGGGUGCUGCCAGGCCGAGUCGGGCCCGCGCUGCGGGGGGCUCCGGCAGCGGCGACCCCGCAGGCCGGCCAGUGAGCCGAGCCGUCCCUCUCCUCUUCCGCGGGCCUGGGCUCCCCUGGAAGCUCCAGUCGGGGUCUGGGCCCCGCUGGCCUUCGUCACCCUCCUCAGCUUCGCCUCCCGCUUCUACCGCCUGUCCGAGCCGCCGCACGUCUGUUGGGAUGAAACUCAUUUUGGGAAGAUGGGAAGUUACUACAUUAACCGGACCUUCUUCUUUGACGUCCACCCACCUCUGGGGAAGAUGCUGAUAGGACUUGCUGGGUACCUGAGCGGAUACAAUGGCACGUUUCCUUUCCAAAAGCCAGGGGACAGAUAUGAGCAUCAUAACUACAUAGGAAUGAGAGGGUUCUGUGCAUUUCUAGGCUCGUGCCUAGUUCCCUUCGCCUACCUCACAGUGCUGGAGCUGUCCAAGUCACUGUCUGCAGCAUUACUUGCAGCCUCCAUCCUGAUUUUUGAUACAGGCUGCAUUACUCUGUCCCAGUACAUCCUGCUUGACCCCAUUCUGAUGUUCUUUCUUAUGGGAGCUGUACUGAGUAUGGUCAAGUAUAACUCCUGUGCAGAUAGGCCAUUUUCUGCCUCCUGGUGGUUCUGGCUGAGUCUGACUGGGAUCAACCUUGCUGGAGCGAUAGGGGUGAAGUUUGUUGGCCUCUUUGUAGUCCUAUUGGUUGGACUGAACACAGUUUAUGAUCUUUGGGAGUUGCUGGGGGACAUCAGCCUGUCACUGGUCACACUAGGGAAACACUUGCUGGCUCGUGUAUUCUGCCUCAUCCUGCUGCCACUCGCGCUCUACACAGCUCAGUUUGCUGUUCACUUUGCAGUGUUAAAUAAAAGUGGGCCCGGGGAUGGUUUUUUCAGCUCUGCCUUUCAGUCCCGACUGAUUGGGAACAAUCUUCACAAUGUCUCCGUUCCAGAGCACCUGGCCUAUGGUUCUGUGAUCACAAUGAAGAACCUUCGGAUGGCAGGGGGGUACCUUCAUUCACACUGGCACUUGUACCCCGAGGGUGUGGGGGCUCGUCAGCAGCAGGUCACUGCCUAUUUACACAAGGACUUGAACAACCUGUGGGUUAUAAAGAAACAUGAUUCCAACACAGAUCAUUUAGAUCCUUCCUGCUCUGUGGAGUUUGUGAGGCAUGGAGAUGUUAUUCGGCUGGAGCACAAAGAGACUUCUAGAAAUCUUCACAGUCACCAGCAUGAGGCCCCCAUGACAAGGAAGCACCUUCAGGUCACUGGAUACGGAAUAAAUGGAACAGGAGAUGCCAACGAUUUUUGGCGGAUUGAGGUGGUGGGCAGGAAGGCUGGGAAACGCAUUAAAGUCCUACGGAGUCAGAUCCGACUGACCCAUCUGGCCACAGGAUGCAUACUUGGGUCCUCUGGGAAGACGCUGCCAAAAUGGGGCUGGGAACAGGUGGAAGUCACCUGCACUCCAUAUGUGAAGGAGACUCCCAAUGCCCUUUGGAAUGUUGAAGAUCACAUCAAUCCCAAGCUGCCUAAUAUCAGUCUGGAUGUUCUGAAACCCUCCUUCCCAGAGAUUCUCCUGGAGUCCCACAUGGUUAUGAUCCGGGGAAACAGUGGCCUCAAACCAAAGGAGAAUGAAGUCACAUCCAAGCCUUGGCACUGGCCCGUCAACUACCAGGGCCUGCGUUUCUCUGGAGUCAACGAAACAGAUUAUCGAGUUUAUUUGCUGGGGAACCCGGUGGUCUGGUGGCUGAAUCUGGUCACUAUUGGAUUGUACCUCCUAAUGGCAACUUGCGCUAUUGUGGCCAUGAAGAGGGGAGUUCAGCUGACAGCUGAAUUCAAAGAGCUCUCUGAAGUCUUGCUACAUAGUGGAGGGAAGAUCAUGCUGGGCUGGCUCCUCCAUUACCUCCCUUUCUUCAUGAUGGGCAGAGUCCUCUACUUUCAUCAUUACUUUCCUGCCAUGCUUUUCUCUAGCAUGUUGACAGGAAUUACAUGGGACACGUUGCUGAAGUUCUGUGCUGGGCGCCUGUCCUGCUCCAUGGGGAGGAGGGUGUAUACAUAUGGGACGCUGGCACUAAUGUUGCUCAUUGUGUACAGCUUCUACCUCUUCCAUCCUCUGUCCUAUGGGAUGGUGGGACCUAUGGCUUCAGAUCCCAACAGCCCAAUGGCAGGGCUCAGGUGGCUGGAAUCAUGGGAGUUCUAG